CACAAUUCUUAUCUUCAAAAAUUGCUUGAUGAGUUAACAGCAUCAGACUGUUUUUGACGUUGCAGUUACCAGUUAUUAAAAAGUUGAUAAAUGUUAUGUUAUGUAGUGCGCAACUAUAGCUGGAAACUAAAUCACAAUAUUGGAGAUUACAGUUUGCAAUAUUUCUCGAACAAUAAAAAACCCUUUCCGUUUUGUUCAAAGUAAAUCUUAGCCUGCUAGUGUUUUGUUAACGACCAUGGAAGUGAAAGUAGACGGGAGUAACAAUGACACUAGUGAAGAUCAAAGUCAAGAGAUACAAAGUUUAGUCGAAGAAAAUGCUGUAUUUGUUUUAACAAAUAGUUCGGUUGAUCCAAAGGACAUAUCUUGGAAACACUCUAUCAAACAGAUCAUAGCAUGCUGUAUUGCGCAUAGUUUAGUUAUCAAUGCAGGAAUUAAUAUGUCCUUUAGUGCAAUCCUUUUACCACAAUUGAAAGAAAAUAAAAAGGAUAUUGCCAUAACAAAAUCAGAAGCAUCAUGGAUAGCAAGUCUGGUUGCAAUUUCUCUACCAUUAGGAUCACUCCUUAUAGGACCGUUGAUGGACAAAUUUGGUCGUAAAAAAAUGUGUUUAGCCACAACUCUGCCGUACAUUAGUGCUUGGCUUAUACACGCCAAUGCAACAAGAGUUUGGCAUAUUUACGUAGCAAGGAUCAUUGCUGGCUUCACAGGCGGUUUAUCAACCGUCUCACUUGUAUAUGUGAGUGAAAUCACGCAUCCAAAUUUCAGACCAAUGUUACUAAGUAUGAAUAGUGUAUUUGUAACAUUUGGAAUACUAGUUACAUGCGUUUUAGGAUUGUGGUUUCAAUGGAGAAUUAUGGCAAUGAUUUUUUGUUCAAUAUCUUUAGUUUCAUUUGCCCUAUUAUGGUUUAUUCCUGAAAGCCCCCAUUGGCUAGUUACAUUUAGAAAUGAAACGCAUAGUGCUGCUAAAUCUUUACGGUGGAUUUACACGGACAAUCAAGUUUUUGAAUAUCAAUUUCGAAGGCUAUUGGAGUCCUCAACAAAAAAAUCGAGUCAAACAUCAGAAAAUCGACCAGGGACGCCUAAUGAAGAAUCUCCAUUAACUACAUUCAAACAGGAAUUUUCAUCUAUAUAUAGAAGACCAUCAGUUUACAAACCACUGAUCAUCCUGAUCUUAUUGUUUACGAUUCAGCAACUUUCAGGGGCAUACGUCAUAAUAUUCUAUGCAGUGGACUUGUUCAGAGAAAUAGGAGGAAAUUUCGAGAAAGGAAUAGACGAGUAUGUUGCACUUGUCUUAUUAGGUGUCAUAAGAUUUGUUAUGGCCAUUCUUUCGUCAAUGUUUUCAAAAAGAGUGGGAAGAAGACCCCUGUUGUUUGUUUCUGGGAUGGGGAUGUGCCUCACCAGUCUCAUAGCAGGCCUAUACAUGUCGCUUGCGGUUAUUCCUAAAGAAGAGUUGGCCAAAUACAACAUUUCUAAAGCGAAAGAAGACGAUAAUAUACCGUUAUAUUGCGUUUUGGCAUACGUCUGUUUUAGUUCUUUAGGUUACUUAGUGAUACCAUGGACAAUGAUAGGCGAAUUAUUACCUGUCAAAGUAAGGGGAAAACUGGGAGGACUGUUAGUUUCUUUUGCCUACUUAACGAUGUUUGUCUUGGUUAAAGUGUUUCCGUUUUUGCUGGAGAUUGUUCAAAUACAAUGUAUCUUUUACAUUUUUGCAAGCGUCAACAUAUGCGGAACUAUAUUUAUAUGUGUAUUUUUACCGGAAACUUUGGGAAAAAGUUUUAAGGAGAUUGAAAAGUAUUUUGAAAGAUCUAAAUGACCAAUACUGUAUGCAUACUUACUAAAUAAAAAUAUUUAAGAAAAGUGUUCAUUGUAUAGGUAGGUAGUAAACGAUUAGUAAAUCAAAAUACUUAAGUGCUUUAACGCUACUAAUGUAAACCAAAUGCACAUUAGGUAAAUCUCUUAUGGCCAGGAGAGCAAUUCUGACUGUUUAAGCCCAUUAAAAAAAUUUAUAAGCUA